AUGGCUCUUCAAUGGGUAGAUAGACAUCGACCUACCUCUCUAAAUGAGCUGAGUUUUCACAGCGAUUUAUCACAAAGACUCGGAACUUUGGCUUCAGAUGGUGACUUUCCACAUUUGCUAGUUUAUGGACCAUCCGGUUCCGGAAAAAAGACACGUAUCAAUUGUGUUAUUAAGGAGCUGUUUGGUGAGGGUGUUGAAAAGAUCAAAGUGGAAGAAAGGUUAUUCCAGACACCAUCAAACAAGAAAUUACCCUUUUAUACUGUUUCUAGCAUCUACCAUCUUGAAAUGACACCAAGUGAGGUUGGAUUUUCUGAUCGAGUCGUCAUUCAAGACUUGUUGAAAGAAAUCGCACAAACACCACAGCUUGAUUCUAAUGCCAAACAUCAAUUUAAGGUUGUCGUAAUAAACGAAGCGGAUGCUUUGUCUCAUGAUGCUCAAGCUGCUCUUCGCCGUACUAUGGAAAAAUAUAUGGCAAAUUUGCGGGUAAUUCUCUGUUGUAAUAGUUCAAGCAAGAUAAUUUCACCAAUUCGGAGCAGAUGCUUAUUGGUUAGAGUGGGGGCUCCAUCAGUUGCUGAGGUAAUGAAGGUCCUUCAUAUUUUUUCGAACAAAGAGAAUUUUGUACUUUCUUCCGCCGUUGCCGAAAAAAUUGCAGAAGAAUCCGAUGGAAAUUUACGCAAGGCGAUAUUAAUGCUGGAAUCGCUCAAAUUUACCAGUGGGAAUGAUUACCCAAGGGCUGACACAAUAGUCAAACUUGAUUGGGAGGUUUAUAUUAGUGACAUAGCUAAAGCUAUAAUAGCAAAUCAGAGCGAAACAAAUCUCGAAUCAAUUCGGAAAAUGUUUUAUCAACUUAUCUUUUCAUGUAUUGAGCCAUCUCUAAUUAUAAAGACAUUGGCAUUUGAAUUGGUAAAGUAUAUUGAACAUGAGGAUGUAAAAUGCCAAAUAAUAUUGGAGGCUGCAGAUUGUGAACAUCGACUUCAUCUUGGGCAGAAAAAAAUCUUUUAUCUUGAAGCUUUUGCCAUUAAAACCAUGCAUAUUUACAAAUGGUAA